UUAACACCAUAACCAUUAAUCAGUCUCCGAUUUUACCUUUCGUCUUCAAACGCAGCUCCACUUCACAGUCCACAGACCCAACGGAGAAAAAAUGGCUCUGGAGAUUCGGCAGAGGCGCCAGCAGGCCUCCGACCGUUCGCCGUCCACGGCGGCGGCUUCUUCCUACUCUAAAUCCGGUAAGCCGGCCCGAUCGAGCGCCAAUGAAGAGGAAGACAAAGGAAUUGGGUGGUUCUUCCCAUUUUUCGCUCUGGGUCUCCUCCGCUACAUGAGCGCCACAUCCAACAUCAUACACGACUGCGACGAGGUUUUCAAUUACUGGGAGCCCCUCCAUUACCUUCUCUACAAAUCUGGCUUUCAAACUUGGGAAUACAGUUCCCAGUUCGCACUUCGGUCAUAUUUGUACAUUGUUCUCCAUGAAUUAGUGGGCAAACCAGCAGCGUGGCUGUUUGCUGAAGAAAAAGUGAGAGUAUUCUUUGCUGUAAGACUUUUUCUUGGUCUUCUAUCUGUUGUUACAGAAACUGUUCUUGUAGUGGCACUCUCUAGGAAGUUCGGGAAACGAAUUGCCACUUAUACGCUCGCAAUGCUAUGCUUAACCAGUGGUUGUUUCUUUGCUAGCACUAGUUUCUUGCCUAGUUCGUUCUCCAUGUAUGCAGUAUCUUUGUCAUCUGGGUUAUUUCUACUUGAGAAACCUGCUUCAGCAGUUGCUGUUGCUGCUGCUGGUGUAAUUCUCGGCUGGCCAUUUUCAAUCCUGGUUUUCCUUCCAGUCACACUUUACUCUUUACGCAGAAAAUUUGGAGCAGCCUUUCUUGCAGGGGCACUAACAUCUAUAGCUCUACUUGUCUUCUCGCUGCUUGUUGACUACUACUAUUAUAAAAGGUUGACAUCAUCUGUGCUAAAUUUGCUGAUAUAUAACGUCUUGGGAGGCGGUGAAAGCCAUUUGUAUGGGACAGAAGGACCAUUGUUCUAUCUGAGAAAUGGAUUUAACAACUUCAAUGUUAGUUUCAUUCUUGCAUUACUUUUUCUGGUAAUUUUACCAAUUUCAAGGAAAAAGUAUGUGCCAGACCUGCUCGUGGUCAUUUCACCUGUUUAUAUCUGGCUCGGAUUCAUGUCAUUGCAGCCACAUAAAGAGGAAAGGUUCCUUUAUCCAAUAUAUCCUCUUAUUUGUGUCGCUGCUUCGGCUGUCAUCGAGUGCUUUCCAGAAUUUUUCCGUGAACGAUACAAUCCAUAUGAUAAUUCUGUAUUUGUUAUGAUAGCAAAAGUUCUUAGACCCAUCGCCCUCGGCCUUAUCCUUUGCGCAUCCCAUGCUCGUACAUUUUCGUUGAUUAACGGUUACUCCGCUCCUCUGGAGAUUUACAAGGUCUUGGCUCACCAUGAUGAUGUAGGAAGAGGUUCCACAAUUUGUGUUGGAAGUGAGUGGCACCGUUUUCCAUCGUCGUUCUUCAUCCCCGAUUAUGUGCAAGAAGUAAGAUGGAUCGACGAUGGGUUCCGAGGUCUUCUUCCUUUUCCGUUUAACUCUACCUUGGGAGGGACUGCUGCUGCUCCACCAUACUUCAACAACAAGAACAAGGCAUCAGAUGAGCAAUAUCUCCAAGAUCUUGAUGCGUGCACUUUCCUCGUUGAGCUUCAACUUGAUAGGCCGUAUGCUUCUCGUGGAAGUGAUACGUCGAAGUGGGAGGCUGUUGCAGCUUGGCCUUACCUAGACAGGGAGUUCUCGCCACCAUUUUAUCGAUCGUUUUUCAUUCCGUACUUCUGGCAGUAUAAGAAUUCUUUUGGAAUGUACAAGCUGCUUAGGAGAAUACCAAAAUAAUAGACUUAGGAGGUUUGACAUUUGGUCAGUCUGUAAUCUUAGACAGAAGAUUAGCUUAUAAGAGAGUUUGCUGAGAAUUUUCCAUCACGAUCUCCAUCCACCCCACAGUAGAAAAACCUGGCAAGAAUUUUUCUGGAGAUUGAAGGUGGUAAAUUUUGAAUUUUUGUUAGUACAACAUGUGGGGUGGGAAUUCAAAUUCACGAACUUUGAGUUCAAGUAUCUUAACUAGUUUUCAAGUUGGGAAUCGUUUACAAAACCGAGUGUUACCAUGCUAUAAUUUUGACCUUGUUCUCCCACUUAAA